UAGUCAUAACAAAGUGCAGGAGAAGAAGAAGAGCGGAAAAAAGCAGACAACAUAUUGCAUUUUUUGCAACAAGUUUCUGCAUUUAAAACCAAUUUCCACUCUCCGUGCUGACCAUGGAGGUGGACCAAAUGCCUCUGGCUGACGUGGUCUUCAUCAUAGAGGGCAGCGCUAUAAACGGCGCGUACAUCAACGAGUUAAAGACCAACUACAUUUUGCCGACAUUGGAGCACUUUACCACUGGCUCCAUCGACGAGCGGGAAUACCUGAUUGCAGAGCGUUAUGCCACGCUCUACGGGAUCGUGGUCUACCGCACCGCGGCAAAUUUGCUCGAGCCCGUGUGUACCACCUACGGACCCUUUCUGCAGCCCCAAAAAGUGAUGGAAACGAUUGAACGACUGCCGCUGGUUGGAGGCGGAAUGGAGUCGUGUGCCCACAUGGCCGAAGGAUUUGCCGCGGCCCACGGCUGCUUUGACGACCUUAGCGAGCGGCGACAGUUGCUCGACCAGACUAACGUCCAGCGGCACUGCAUUCUCAUCUGUAACAGUCCUCCCUACCAGAUGCCCACCACGGAGUCGUGGAAGUAUCCGGGCAAGUCAUGCGAACAACUGGCAGCGCUCUUUAACGAGCGAAAGAUUAAUCUCUCCAUCAUUGCGCCGCGCAAGAUGCCAAUCCUGUUCAAGCUGUUCAUGAAGGCCGAUGGUGACCAACCCAUCACCAGCAAAAACUAUGCCAAGAACAUUCGACACUUGGUGCUACUUAAGGGCUACAGCCUUAAGGAGCGGGCUCCCAGUCCCAACAGCAUGGCGGCCCAGAUGGCCGCACCCAAUGCAGCCCAGGCGGCCGUCCAACAGCAGCAACAGCAACAAAAUGCAGCGGGUCAGCAGCAAGCAGGACAGGGGAUGCCGAUGGAUACCACCCCAGCACAACAACAGCAGCAGCAGCAACAACAACAGCAGCAGGGCAAUCCCCAGCAGCAAGUGAUGAACAUGAAUUCGAUGCAGCAACAACAGACGGGUCCCAAUCCGCAAGCGGGCCAUCUCAAUCCCCAGCAGCAACAGCAACUUCUGCAGCAGCAGCAGCAGCAACAACAACAACAGCAGCAACAGCAACAAAAUCAGUUUGUGCCAAACCAGAUGCAGAAUCCAAACUUCCAGCAGAACGUGGGGCCCGGCCAAAACCGAUGGAUGUAUCCCAAUCAGCCGGGACAAGCGCGACCGCCGUUCAUGCAGGGAGCAGGCAAUGUGGGUGGUGUUGGACAAGGCGGAGGCAUGCAGCAGAAUCCCAAUUCUGCGCUGAUCUCACGAAUUAACGCACCACCUCCCAAUCAAACGGUGACUUCGCUGCAGCAGCAACAACAACAGCAGGCCCAGCAGCAACAGCAACAAGUGCAACAGCAGCAACAACAGAGGAUGCUGCUCAGCCAGCAGCAGAUGCUGAACCACCAGCAGUUGCAGCAGCAACAACAAAUGGCCCAGCAACAACAGCAGCAAGGACAGCAGCAGCAACAGGUCAAUCCCAAUGCCGGCAACAACAUGAUGCCGGCUGGAAAUGCGGGCAACAUGCCAAACCCACAGCAGCAGCAAGUGGGACAGCAGGCAAAUCCCCAGCAGCAGGGCAAUCCCCAGCAGCAGCAGGCGAAUCCGCAGCAGGAGCAGGCCUCCUUAAGGGAAAAGAUUUGGACAGGCAUUCUGGAGUGGUCAGAGAAGCCGAAAUCGGAUCCUCAAAAGAUUCCACACUCGCUCCAGUGCACCGUGUGCACCAACAUCAAAGAUGGCCAGCCUGAAAUCAAGGCUGAGAAUUGGCCGCCCAAACUGCUGAUGCAACUGAUGCCCAAGCACUUGGUUGGUAACAUUGGCGGCCAGUUCCUCAAGGAUUCGAAGAUGGUCGUUUUUCGACCGUCUCCUGGAGAAGCGCUCGAUUCGCUGGCUAAGAUGAUGACCUCCGGUUACGCAGGCUGCGUCCACUUCUCCUCCAUUCCCAAUGCGCCCGCCUGCGAUCUCAAGGUGCUCAUACUGCUCUACACGCCCGAUCGCAACGCCUUUCUGGGCUUCAUUCCCAACAAUCAGGCGAUAUUCGUCGAACGUCUUCGCAAAGUAAUUCAGCAAAAGCAGCAUGGUAGCAUGCAGCAGCAGCAACAACAGCAGCAGAUGAUGCAGCAGCAGGGCAAGUCGCCGAUGGAACUGCAGCAACAACAGCAGCAACAGAUGCAGCAGGACAACUCGCAGCAGCAGCACUACAAUCAAUAUCAGCUCAACAUGCAGAUGGGCGGCGGAGGUCCGGGCGGAGGACCGGGUCCUGGGCCUGGUGGUAUGCCCAUGCAGCAGAACCAAAUGCAGAUGAACAUGAUGCAGCAACAGCGGAUGCCUCUGGGCGUGGGCGUUGGCCCGGGUGGCGUACCCAAUCCUAAUCUGCAGCAGCAGCUGCAACAAGUGGCACCCAAUGUGGCCGCCAUGCAGCAGCAGCAGGCGCAACAGCAACAGCAGCGCAUGGUGCGUCCCAUGAUGAGCAACAACAAUCCAGGUCUUCGUCAACUACUGCAACAUCAGACCACGCCGGGUAACCAGUUCCGUCCGCAGAUGGGCGGCCAGAAUCCCAAUCAAAUGGGCGCAGGCGGUCCAAUGGUCGGCAAUCGCAACUUCGACGACGGCAGUUACGAGUUCAUGUAGGCUCCUUCAAAAGACCGCAUAGCAUACUAGAAAUAAGCCACUAAAAUAUUUUAAAUGGUCUUUAAUAUGACUUCCGUAAAUCGAAUUUUAUAUCUGGGGUAUCGCUGAAAUCUGUUAGGAUUGUAUCGUGUGUUAGUUUUAAUAUUCUUUGUGGUUCUAUUGAAGCAAAUAAUCUACUCUUUAUUUUUCCAUAAUGAUUUUAUAAAACCGA